AUGGCCCCCCGUAACGCCCCCGAACGGGCGCCACCCAUCGCGGCGCAAAAAUCGAGAGCGUCGUUGCGCGGGGUCAAACGGCGACGCGAGCGUGAAAAGAAGGAUCGGUGUGCGGUAGAGCACACAGACGCGGCUCCCACACGGUCGUACGCGAGCACACGGCUCUACACUGUGCGUGUGCGCGGAGAGAGGGACGGCCGCCAGAGAGGGACGGCGGUGCCAAUUACUAUCACCUGGCGGGCAGCUACCGCAUUACCCACUGCCGCCGCGCGCGCGACCACGCGCCGACUCUACGCGAGCUGUACGCUCCGCCGGAUCCGGAUACGAUCGAUCACGUCAUGCACCGGACUCGCCCCGGGAUUGUGGAACUGUGAAGUGAGUGAGAACUGUGACCAGAACUUUGUGUGU